AUGGCAAAACCUUUCAUCUCUACUCCCUUCAUUACUAUUACUCUAUUACUCUUCAUCCUCCUUGGCACCAUUCCUUCUUCACAUUCAAACAACCAUACUGAUCUUGAAGCUCUUCUUGCAUUCAAGAAAUCCAUACACGCCGAUCCAUUGCAUGCAUUGAGCUCAUGGAACGAAACUACGCAUUUCUGCAUGUGGAAUGGCGUCUCCUGCAGCAAAAGGCAUCCAAGCAGAGUCAUCUCUCUGUCUCUGCAGUCUCAAGGCCUAGUGGGAUCGCUCUCGCCUCACAUAGGUAACCUCUCUUUUCUAAGAAUCAUCGACUUGAAAAACAACACCUUCAACGGCCCAAUCCCUCAGGAGAUUGGUUGCCUCAGAAGGCUUCAAGAAAUCAAGUUUAACAUCAAUUCUUUAGAAGGUGGGAUUCCCACAAACCUAUCACGAUGCAAAAAUCUUUAUUACCUGAAUUUGAUUGACAAUAAGCUCACCGGAGGCAUAGUCCCCGAGAUAGCUUCUCUUGUCAACCUCCAAUAUUUUGGCUUGAUGAGAAACAUGCUUUUGGGGACUAUCCCACCAUUCCUAGGAAACCUCACAUAUCUCUCACAACUUGUAAUUGGAGAUUGCGGGUUGCAAGGAUUUAUUCCGGAGUCCCUCUCUCAGCUUAGAGGAUUGCGGCUGUUAAAUUUGGGUGGGAAUAAUCUAACUGGUACAAUACCGUUAGGCCUUUUUAAUGUUUCAAGUAUCGAAUUUUUCCUAGUUGAUUACAAUCGACUCCAUGGAAACAUACAUUCCGACAUAGGCUCUAGUACACUUCCCAAGUUGAAGUACCUUUAUUUGCAUUCCAAUCUUUUCACUGGAAUGCUUCCAUCUUUUCUAUCAAAUUGUUCCCUGAUUGAACGCAUUGAAGUAACUUUGAACAGUUUCACAGGUAAUAUGAUAGAUUCAACGAGGCUUUCAGCUCUUGAAUUUCUUUUUGCUGGAUAUAACCGUUUCAAUGGAAAUAUAGUUAGUAUUUUAUCAUCCCUUACAAACUGCACCAACCUUUCAGCUUUGGCGUUGUUUGAUAACAAUUUUACUGGUUCGUUACCAGAUUCCAUUGGCAAUCUUUCUGAUCGCUUGGUUCUCGUGUCCCUCGGUCGCAACCAGUUAAGUGGAAGCAUUCCAUCCAGUAUAGGAAACCUUGUUGGUCUCACUGGUUUAUAUGCUGAUACCAAUAAUCUAAUAGGUCCAAUUCCUUCCUCCAUUGGAAAACUUCAUAAGUUGCAAGAAAUCAAUUUCUCUAGAAAUAGACUAACAGAUGAGGUGCCAUUUUCAUUAGGCAACUUGACAUUGUUGAACUCUCUUUCCCUAAGAUUAAACAAUCUUUCUGGAGGUAUACCUCAAAGUCUUGCCAACUGUACCAACUUGUCAUUGUUAUAUCUUUCAUAUAACAAUCUCAGUGGUUCAAUACCUCCUGAGAUUGUUAAGCUUUCCUCUAUAGGCAUUGCUCUAGACAUAUCUCACAAUAUUUUAACUGGUACUAUUCCAUUAGAAGUUGGGGCUUUGAGAAAUCUUGGAAUCAUGGACUUGUCCCACAACAGAUUAUCCGGAACCAUUCCUUCUUCUUUGGGGAGUUGCGUGAUGCUCAUCUCGCUUUACCUAGGGGAAAAUUCUAUUCAGGGUGAGAUACCUGAUAGUCUGAGGUCUUUGAGAGGUUUAGAAUAUUUGGAUAUUUCGCAGAAUAAUCUUUCAGGGAUGAUUCCUAGAUUUCUUGUUGAGUUUCGUUUGUUGUAUCUCAACAUUUCUUUUAAUGAGCUGCAAGGUGAAGUCCCAACUCUUGGAGUUUUCCAAAAUAAGAGUGCAAUCUCACUUGAAGGAAACCAAGGCUUGUGUGGUGGUAUUGCAACUUUAAACCUUCCUUCUUGUCCAUCAUCACCAAAAUCAGCCAAGAAAGGUUUAGGGAAAAUCUUGAUCCCAACUAUUGUCGGAGCCAUAUGCCUUGCGCUUGCAGUGUGCUUAUGUGUGAUCAAUAUCUAUAAGCGACGAACAUUGCAAAAUGUUGGAACCCCAAUAUUCCAACUGCCAGAGUUUUUGAGGCUAUCUUACGGAGAUCUCUUGAAUGCCACAAAUGGAUUCUCGGAGACGAAUCUAGUUGGUGCAGGUAGAUUUGGAUCUGUGUUUAAAGGAACUAUCAAUGAAUAUGAAGAGCAUACAGAUGUGGCAAUGAAGGUUCUUAAUCUCAACGUAAGAGGAGCUUGUAAGAGUUUGGCAUCAGAAUGCAAUGCUUUGAGAGGCAUUCGACACAAAAACUUGCUCAAGAUUGUGAGUGUAUGUGACAGCAUGGAUUUUCAAGGGAAUGAUUUCAAAGCAUUGGUGUAUGAAUUUGUAGCCAACGGAAGCCUCGAUAACUGGCUGCAUUCGGAGAAUGAAGGCAGGGGAAAUCUCAGUGCUAUUCAGAGACUCAAUAUUGCGAUUGAUAUUGCAUAUGCAGUCGAGUACUUGCAUUGUGGUACAGACUCCAUAGUUAUUCAUGGAGAUUUGAAGCCGAGUAACAUUCUCUUGGAUCAAGACAUGGUCGCUAAAGUUGGUGAUUUUGGUUUAGCCAAAAUCGUUUCAAGCAUUUCACAAGAGUAUGGCAUGAGCUACGUUGCAUCAACUCAAGGGGAUGUAUACAGUUACGGAAUUCUUGUUCUUGAGAUGUUCACAAACAGAAGACCAACAAGUGAUGCAUUCGAAGGGUGUCUAAAUCUCCAAGACUUCGUCACCACAGCCUUAUCCGACCGUGUAACAGAAGUAGUGGAUCCAGUUCUUCAUCAAGAACUUAAUGUGAAUGAAAAGUAUUGGGAGUGCAUUGUUUCAGUUGUGAGGAUUGGAGUUAGAUGCUCGAAGCAGCUUCCUAGAGAUCGCAUGUCGAUGGCAGAGGUUGUUAAUGACUUGAAAAAGACAAGAGAUGUGUUUCUUGCUCACCAGAAUGACAGAAAUGCUUCUCCAUCUCAACACUAA